CUCUCCCCCGCCACCACCCCUCAGCCCGCUCUCAGCCAGGGGCUGCCCCUGCCAAGCUCACAGUCAAGGGCUUGCCUGUCCUGUCUCACUUCUCUGCAGGGAAACAUUCCACACAGUUCCCUGAUCCCUCUUCUCAGGACACCCCGGGCUCUUGGCCUCCAUAACACGGCCUCCCUGCCAUCCUCCUGCCUCCUAGGCUCUUCCCUCUCAGCUCCCUGCCAGCUCCAGCUUUUCCAUGUGAUGUUCCUCCUGCCUGGGAUCUCCUCUCUCUCUCCACUCUGCCUCAAACAUGUGCUGUCAUCCGUGUGCUGACAGUUCCCAAAUGUCUAUAUAUCAGUUAAGAAGAUUUUGACUAAAGUCAACGAAAACCCUGAUUCAACCAAGGAACAUCAGGGGGCUUUAUUAUCCCACAUACUAAGAAGUCCUAGGGAGACAACAGCUCAAAGACAUUGUCAGAAGUUCAGGUUUCUCCAGCUUUGCACUGAACCAUCCUUGGGCCUGUCAGCUCCACAUGGUCACGUGGUUACAGCUACACUUCCGGCUUCACACAGAGAGAGACAACAUCCAGGGGAAGAAGGGGGCCUGUUUCUUCCCAUGUGUCUCUCUUGUUUUCUUUCACAAAUGUUUUAAUUUGAAAAUUUGUCAGCAAACAGAAAAGUUGAAAUAAUAGUACGGCAAACACCCAUACGUCCUCAGCCUAGGUUCAACAGUUAGUGACAUCUUGCCAUAUUUGCUUUCUAUCCAUGUACACAUAUGUUAUGAACACAAGUGUAUGUUUUGGAUGAGCCAUUUAGAAAUCAGUUGCAGAUAUCAUGACAUUUCAGCUCUAAAUACUUCCCUUUGCAUCUUCUAGGAGUAAGGAAGUACAUAACCACGAUGCUGUGAUCUCACCUAAGAAUAUGAACAAUCCAGGAACUCUCUAACAUCCCAGUGUUCCAAAAUAUCUCUCAUAGCUUCCCCCCCACCACGAUUUAGGUUCUAAUUGAGGGUCAUGCACUGCAUUUGAUUGUUAUACUUCUUUAGAGCAGAAUCCCUGCCUCUUUAAAAAAAUGACACUUUUUGAAGCGUCCGGGCUACUUGUCCCACAGGAUGUCCCCCGUAGUGAUUUGUCCGGUGCUGUUUAACUUGCUCCUCUAUCCAACGUAUUUCCUGUGAAUUAGGGGCGAGAUUAGAGAAGUGAUUCAACUGAGAGUGAACAUUUUUUUUUUAAUAUUUAUUGGAGUAUAGUUGCUCUAAGGGUGAACUUUUUGACAGCGUUUCAAGGUGAUGUAACCCGUAUGUUGUACCACUCCCUCGUAUAUACAUCUUCGGUGCAUUACAGAAUCUCUGUGCCUCAGUUUCCCAAAACAGUUCAUUUCCUCAGAAAAGCUGACAUAUGAAAAGUGUGUAGAACUGUCCCCAUUAUCUCGGUGGCAGCAGUUGUUACCACCCUUAUUUCUGCUGCUGGGGAGCCCGCUACCUCUCCCUUCCCCUGGACCCCCCUCCCUCUCCCCUCCCCUGGACCCCCAUACCUCAGACUCAGCUCAAGGCCCAGGCUCUAGGACUUUGUCUGGUUGGCAGUCCCUGUGUACCACGACUCGGAGUUGAUGGCCACCAUGGCGAGGAAAGUGCAGGAUCUGGAGCGGCAGGUGAAGGCCCAGGCGGAUGAGAUGCUCUCCAAGGAUCAGAAGAUACGGGCCUUGGAGGAGCUGGUGGAGACCCUCCAGGAGCACCAGGCGGUUCCUCGGUGACUACGGCCUGCAGUGGGUGGGUGAGCCCAUGCAUGAGGAGGACUCGGAGGAUGGCGAGAGGGACUGGAUGACAGCCAAGAAGUUCUGGAAGCCAGGAGACUCACUGGUACCCCCCGAGGUAGACUUUGACAGGCUGCUGGCUAGCCUGAAGGAUCUCAGUGAGCUGGCGGUAGACAGUGACACCCAGCUGACACCAAUGCCCAGCAGAGUGCCACACUGUGUCCUUGAGCCCAUCCCACUGAAGCUCUACCGGAAUGGCAUCGUGAUGUUCGAUGGGCCCUUCCGGCCCUUCCACGAUCCCUCCACACAGCGCUGCCUCCGAGACAUAUUGGAUGGCUUCUUCCCGUCAGAGCUCCAGCGGCUGUACCCUGACGGGGUCCCCUUUAAGGUGAGUGACCUGCGCAAUCAGGUCUACCCAGAGAAUGGGCUGGACCCGUUCCCUGGCGAGGGCCGAGUGGUAGGCUGGCAGAGGAUUCGAAAGCCCUUGGACAGGAUGGAGCACCCAGGCUCCAGGAUGACCGCCGAGAAGUUUCUGAACAGGCUGCCCAAAUUAGUGAUCCGACAAGGCGAGGUGAUUGACAUUCGAGGCCCCAUCCGGGACACCCUGAAGAUCCAGGAGAUCGUGGUGGAGACGCCUGCCUUGGCUGCUGAGCGUGAGAGGAGCCAGGAGUCUCCGGAGUCACCCGUGCCCGCGCUCUCCACGCUGCGCAUCAAGUCUGAGAAUGGCGAGCAGGCCUUCCUGCUGCUGAUGCGGCCGGAGGACACAGUCGGUGAUGUGCGCACCCUGCUUGCACAGGCCAGGUGGGCGCGGGGCUCAGCUGGCGUCCGCAGCGGGGCUCUGGCCCCACGACCCGGCCUGAUUCGUUCUUCCCUGUCCCCAGGGCCGUGGAGGCCACCACCUUCGAGAUCUUCAGUACGUUCCCGCCCACAGUCUACCACAAUGACGCUCUCACGCUGCAGGCCGCGGGCCUGGUGCCCAACGCCACGCUGCUGCUUCGGGCGCGCCGGGCUCCGCUGCCCGCCCCCGGCCCCGAAUAAAGCGCCCACCCCAACGCCGGCUGCUCUGCAAGGCUCUCUUGGCAGGGCAGCCCAGCAGCACUAGCUCCGCCAAGGAGGGGGCGGCGCCGCCCCUCUGUAACUCGAGCCCCAUCUGGCGGGCCUGGCCGCUGGGUCUUUGUCCUCUAGGUUCCUCUUUCUGCCCAGAAGGGCUAAGCUGCUCCAGGGGAGAGAGGGCCCGCCCCAGCCCAGCGCCUCUUGUGCCAGUGUGCAGAUCCCUGCGCACAGACACGCGCAGGGCCACAAGCACGUGGGGACACUUCAACACUAUGCAUCAAAGCCACUGCCCCAACGCUGACAGAACUGCAUCUGGGCACCCACUUCCAUGACACACCCACACCUAGCCGAGCUGUUGGGACACAGGCAGGUGGCCACGAGGCACAGCCGCGUUACUGACUGGCAUGCAAACGUGCAGUAUACACCAAGGUAAUGGACACCAUCACGUGCAUGUGCACUGGAGGGUGACCCACCCACACUCUCUAGAAACCGUUGGUCCACACAGGUAUGUGUGUGCUGGACAUAUAUCCAAACACACGCACUGUCAAUCGCACACAGAGGUGCCACACGGGAGCACAGCCUCAGCACAAUUACAUCUACCAGACUUGCUCAGAGCAGGGACCCGGGAUGUCCACGCAACACCAAAGACACGAUGCCAAUGGAAUGGAACAUUUAAUUGUUUCUGCGGUGCUCCCGGAUGGGGAUUGCGGGGCCUUUGGCAGAGCCCUGGCUAAUGGAACCAAGAAAGGUGCCUAUCAGCCAGUGCCAGGCAGGGUGGCAGCCUCAGGGCCAGGCUGAGGACAACCAGCACUUGGGCUGUUGCUU